AGGAUAGCCGGACUGCUUCCUCGAGUUAUUAAAAAAAAACGAAAAACAAAGUGGGCUGACGCGUAAGUGAAGGUGCGCAAGAAAACCAUGUCGGAUUCAAGAAAUGCAAACCGAGGCAGAGGACGUUCGACCGCCCAACAACAACAACAACAACAACCUCCAAGGCGACCGGUAACAGCAGAAAAUGUACCGCAGGUAGUGGAAGGCAUAGGACGAGGAGCCGUCCGAACAAGAGAACCUCCUGGCAAUCCAAAUGAGAGGCAAACAAGCGGAGCAGAAGGAACUGCGCCGCAGGCCGAAGGGGGCAAAGAUCCUUCGGACGAGGUAUCAGCCGUCCACUUGUCACACGACCCACCUCUGCCACGUUCAACAAAGCAGGAUCUGGUGGCGCGCCUAUCAAUGUUCGAUCAAAUUACUUCCAGCUGAUCAAAAGACCCGACAUGCAUCUGUUGCAUUAUCGUGUCGAUUUCACGCCGGAAGUUGAUCACCCCGGCGUGAAAAAAGCUCUUAUUCGAGUCCACCAGCAAACACUUGGAAGAUACACUUUCGAGGGUAACGAUCUCUUCAAUACGACCCGUCUGGCACAACCGUUGGAAUUGGCAUCGAGGCGAAAUUCUGAUGGAAGUGACGUCAAAAUCACUUUCAGACUCGUCGGAGAACUUCAAAAAGACGAUCCUGAAUACACACAGGUCAUGAACAUAAUUCUACGCCGGUGCCUGGCCAUGCUCAAUUUGGUGAUGAUUAGAAGGAAUUAUUAUGACGCGGUAGCUCGCGAAGACGUUGUGGGCUAUCCUAUAACGAUUUGGCCGGGAUAUUUGACGGCUAUUCAACAUCACGAAAAGGAAUAUCUUUUAAAUGUCGAAAUUGUCCACAAGUUCCUCCGAAGAGACACGGCCUUGGACGUCAUGGACAGAAUCCGUCGAGAAACCAGGGACGAUUUGCAAGCUCGCAUUAAAGCUGAAUUGGUUGGCAAAAUCGUCAUGACGGGCUACAACAACAAAACGUACCGAAUUGAUGACGUCGAUUUCGAGAAAAACGCAUCGUCCACGUUCCAUUUACGUAAACAAGAUCGUGACGUCACGUACAUUGCCUAUUACCAAGAUCGAUAUCAACAAACAAUCAGGGUGGCUACGCAGCCGUUGCUCGUGUCACGACCAUCACGUCGUGACGUUAAUCGCGGCGAUGAUCAACCAAUUUACCUUGUCCCAGAAUUGUGCGGCAUGACGGGAUUAUCUGACGAGCAGCGGAAUAAUUUUAAUCUGACGCGAGCCGUCGCCAAUAUCACGCGCGUCGCGCCCGAUAGGCGAGUGACAACUUUAAUGAAAUUUCGUCGCCGUUUAGCUGAAUCUCCAGAGAUUCAACGAGAGCUCAAUAGCUGGGGACUUCAAUUCCAAAAUGAUCUCGUUUCUUGCAACGCCAGAAUUUUACCACCGCGACCUCUUUUGACGGGCGGAGAUCGAAGGAUUGAAGUCAGGGAUGGCGAUUGGAGUCGCAGUAUGUACAAUACGAAAAUGCAAGUGUCUGUCGUGUUGACUGAAUGGAUCGUCAUCCAUCCGAGUGACAUGAGCCAAAAAGUCCGAUCGUUUGUUCAACUGAUUCAAAGAGUCGGUGCUCCUCAAGACUUUAACGUACCAGAACCUCAUUACAUCGCUCUACCGGCUUAUCGUACAGGCAAUUACGUCACUGCAUUGCGAGAGGAAUUGAGCCGCAAAUCAUAUCACAUCGUUAUGUGCGUUUUGCCCAAUAAUCGACAAGAUACAUACGCAUCUAUCAAAAAUAUUACGCUUUGUCAAUUCGGAAUCGCUUCACAAGUAAUCACAGGACGAAUUCUUCAAGGAGAUGAACGCAGACAAAUGUCAGUUGCCACUAAAGUAAUGACACAACUGGCCUGCAAAUUAGGAGCUGAACCGUGGAGAGUGGACGUGCCAAACAAGCCGUGGAUGAUUGCAGGUUACGAUACCUAUCACGACGCUCGAGCAACGACGGCAGUCGGGGCUUUCGUAGCCUCUGUCAAUUCAAGUUACACACGUUACAAUUCGUCAGUGAAAAUCCAUUCUGCCAAUGAAGAGAUCUCGCCAAGUUUCCAAGAUCACAUGCUCACCGCUUUAAAGGCCUAUUUUCAAAGAAACAAGGAUUUACCUGAAAAUAUCAUCAUCUAUCGUGACGGUGUAGGAGCAGGGGAUAUUGCACGAGUUAUGGAAACUGAAUUAGCCGCAAUCAAGACUGCCUGCACUGAAGCGGGAAAGAAAGUGAAGGACGGCAAUUAUAAACCUGGCAUUUCUUUCGUGAUUGUCAGCAAACGAAUAAACACGCGUUUCUUCGCUGAUAGAAACGGGAGGCCAGACAAUCCGCCGUGCGGAACCGUAGUCGACAAUACGGUGACACUCGGAGAACGAUUUGAUUUCUUCUUGAUCUCACAAAAAGUCAAUCAAGGGACAGUGUCGCCCACAAGUUUUAACGUCAUCCAUAACUCAACAAAUCUCCCUCCUAACGCUCAUCAAUCGAUGGCUUACGCUCUGACGCAUGUCUAUUACAACUGGGCGGGGACGUUACGUGUUCCAGCACCGGUACAAUACGCGCACAAAUUGGCGUACCUGGUAGGUGAGAGCGUUAAGAACAUUCCACGUGAAGAUUUGGCCAAAUUUCCCUAUUACCUUUAAAUUUGCAUUUUUUUUUAAGUACUGUGUGAAGAGAAUUGCAAUAUUGAAUUUAAUGAUGCCAUAUUUUUUUACAAGUUUCCCUUUAACUGUUUGACUACUGUUGAUGACACAUUUGACAUAGAAUUAUCAAUUCUAUUCAUUCUGUUCACACAAUACAUUGCAACCUUAAAACCUC